AUGACCCCGAAGCUUCCCCACGCCCUACUCACCAUGCUCUGGCUGUCUAUCCUCUUGCUGUUGCUUCUCGAGUUCUGCAAGUCCAGGUCGCACCUCGGCAACACGCAGCACGCCGUCGGUAUUGGCGCCAAACCCGGAUCGUCCUUGCCCUCCGCCUCUCACCACCAUGGCUCCAUCAACAGAAAGGUCUUGGCCAGCAGGUUCGACUUCUCCCCGUUCCGGAAACGCCGCGGGAAGAGCUCCGGCGGCCGCUCCCCGCAGCUACCGGAGCCGCCCGACAAUGGCCGAGAGAUCGACCCCCGCUACGGUGUGGAGAAGCGGCUGGUCCCGACCGGGCCGAACCCGUUGCACCACUGA